AGCAUAAAUUAAGGGACCUCAUUAUUUUUCACUUCGGUAGCCAGUAAGGCAUUAAUCACCAGACCGCCAUUGUAGACCGCACCACUAACCACGCGCCUCCGAUCACUACAAUGAUGAACUUUAUUAUUGAAAUUGAUGAUUGAGUCAUAUGGAUUUGGUUCUUAAUUAUCAUUGUGAUGAUUAUGGUGUCCCGCUCUCGUUUUUGGCAUCGAGUUUUGAAACUUCCCUUCACAUUUUCAUGUCUUCGCCAGUUAAAUCCUUCCUUCUCUUCUCUCGCGAAACAGAACCCAACAAGCUUCGUGAAUCGGAUUCCCAUUUCCGUCAAUGGAAGUUCGAGGCUGAUGCCAAUUGUUUCCUAUACAUAUGAGUGUAACACAAGGAUAAGUAUUUUAGGCCGUCAUGGCAAUGUCAAUGAAGCGAGGAAGUUGUUCGAUGAAAUGCCUCACCGUGACACCGUUUCUUAUGCUUCAAUGAUUACUGUUUAUUUGAAAAACAAUGAUCUUCCCAAAGCUGAGAGGCUUUUUUGGGCCAUGCCAGAAAGAAAUAUUGUUGCUGAUUCUGCAAUGAUAAGUGGUUAUGUCAAGGCUGGCCAACUUGAUAAGGCUCGUGAUGUUUUUGAUCAUAUGGUGGAGAGAAAUGUGUUCUCUUGGACCAAUUUGGUUUCUGGGUAUUUCAGGAUUGGGAAAGUUGAUGAGGCUCUUCGGCUCUUCUAUCAAAUGCCUGACAAGAACGUGGUCUCGUGGACUAGUGUGGUUGCGGGUUAUGCUCAAAAUGGUUUCAUUGAUCAAGCUCGUCAUAUUUUUGAUCAAAUGCCAGAGAAAAACAUCGUUGCUUGGACUGUUAUGGUCAAGUGUUAUGUUGAGAACGAUCGAAUUGAUGAGGCUUUUAAGCUUUUCUAUCAGAUGCCCCAGCGGAAUCUAUAUUCUUGGAAUAUUUUGAUUUUGGGUUGCAUAAAUUCUAAUAGGCUAAAUGAAGCCAUUCAACUAUUUAAUUCAAUGCCUCAUAGGAAUACUGUUUCUUGGACAACAAUGGUCACAGGUCUGGCUCGAAAUGGAAUGACUAAACACGCAAAGGAGUAUUUUGAUCAGAUGCCUCAAAAGGACACAGCUUCAUGGAAUGCUAUGAUCACAGCAUAUAUUGAUCAAGGCAACAUGGUUGAAGCUAGUGAACUUUUUAAUUUUAUGCCAGAAAAGAAUAUUGUGAGUUGGAAUGUGAUGAUUGAUGGGUAUGCAAGAAAUGGGCCUGGAGGUGUUGCCUUAAAGUACCUAAUUCUCAUGCUUCAGUCCAAUGUUAAGCCAAAUGAGACUACUAUCACAAGUGUAUUGACACAAUGUAAUAGCAUAGUGGAGCUUAUGCAAGCUCAUGGCCUAGUGAUUCAUCUUGGCUUUGAGCAUGACACAUUGCUUUCCAAUGCUCUCGUCACUAUGUAUUCUAGACGUGGUGAUGUCCUCUCAGCUAGGUUUGUUUUUGAUCAGCUUGAGGCAAAGGACAUUGUGUCAUGGACUGCAAUGAUAUUAGCUUAUUCAAACCAUGGUUGUGGUCAUCACGCCUUACAGGUCUUUGCACGAAUGUUAAGAUCUGGAGCUAAGCCUGAUGAGAUUACAUUUGUUGGACUCUUAUCAGCUUGUAGCCAUGCAGGUCUUGUCAAAAAAGGUCAAAAGCUCUUUGAUUCAAUGGGUUGUGCUUAUGCUAUAGAACCGAGGGCUGAACAUUAUACCUGCCUUGUAGACAUCCUGGGUCGUGCAGGAGAAGUGAACAAGGCAAUGAAAGUGGUCUCUGAAAUGCCUCAACAUGAACGUGAUGGUGCUGUUCUUGGGGCAUUAUUGGGGGCAUGCAGAUUGCACAGGGACGUUAGAUUGGCAAACCAGAUUGGCAACAAGCUAAUAGAUCAAGAGCCAACUAGCUCAGGGAGUUAUACACUCUUGGCCAAUGUGUAUGCAGCAUGUGGGAAGUGGAAUGAGUUUGCACAAGUAAGGAAGAAGAUGAAGGAAAGAAAUGUGAAGAAAGAACCUGGUUUUAGUCGAAUCGAAGUAAAAGGAGCUGAGGAGAUGGAACUUUCUAUUUCUUUUGAUGAUCAAGAGAGGAUCAUUGAAAGCCUUCUUGUAUGCCAGUUACUAGAUAGAGAUUCCCUCUCUCAAAAUCAUCAAUAGUUUCCUUUAAUGCAUGACCUUUGAGAACUUGAGAAAUGAUAUGGCUGACAUUGGGUUGCAAACUCGCAAUAUGCAGAUCAAGUAUAUCUGCCAUGCUUGAGUGAGCUUGGUCCAUGCAUGCUUGGUGAUGACUUCAUUGAAGGUUCAUAUAUUGACUGAACAGCCGGAAGGUUUCAUUGCAAGAUACCAAGAAGCCUCUCCCUUGAUCCAAGGGCUCAUAAUUAUUAAAGGUGCACCUCAAGAGCAAGGUACUGUAGCAAUCCUCUCUGGCAAGAAGAAGAAGGUCCACUUUUUGGAAACACUCAGCAUCACAAUUUCAAGUCUUAAUCUUUGGAUUUUUUUUCAACGGGAGGGGGCAGAAGAUCUACAACUACAACUCCACUGACGCUCAUGGAGUACUAAACAUGAUCAGCGGGGUAAUUUUAAUUCACAGUGGGGCUCUUAUAGCGAGGUUCUUAAAAAGGUUUCAAUCUGCAGAUCCUCUAUGGUUCUAUUUGCUUUGUUGGUUGUCAAAUUUUAGUAUAUAUCAUGUAUGUUACUGGCUGGGGUACUAGGCUUGCUCUUGGCAUUAAAUCUGCUGGAAUUAAAUGGUGUGCCCCCACCAAUAUAUUGGCAUUAACACUACAGGUGGUUGUUGCAUGUUGCAGACCAGACAGAAGUAGCAAGCAUAGAUGCUACUUUAAUUUUUUCACUAUACUGUGGGAUAUGUACUACAUAAUAAUUCUCGGUAUUAUUAAUAUACUUUGGCAUAAUAGCAUUGCUUGUGUUUGUAGAAAUGUUGUUGCAAGUAUACACACUUUUUUUGAUUAAGAGAGCCGAGGAGAGAUGUCAGAAUGCUUAGCAGUUCAAGAAACUGAAGAAGAGGAAGUUUAGAUGAGUUUUGUUUCUUUUUUUUACAUAUCCCAUGUAAGUUAUCUUGAUACAAUUUUGCUGUAGAAGAAAACAAUGGUAGCUGUUAUACAAUUUGUUUAAUGCUUUUUAGUUCC